AUGUCGACCGACAAGCCCCUCCCCUUCGCCUACCAGUUCGCCGCAGGCGCCAUUGCCGGCGUCUCGGAGAUCCUGGUCAUGUACCCUUUGGACGUCGUCAAGACGCGAGUGCAACUUCAAACCGGAAAGGGCGUUGGUGCCGACCACUACAAUGGCAUGGUUGACUGCUUCCGCAAGAUCGUCCGCAACGAGGGCUUCGCGACCCUAUACCGCGGAAUCACCGCCCCCAUCCUCAUGGAGGCUCCCAAGCGUGCGACCAAGUUCGCCGCCAAUGACGAGUGGGGCAAGAUCUACCGCAACAUGUUCGGUAUCGCCAAGAUGAACCAGUCCCUUUCCAUCUUGACCGGUGCUAGCGCUGGUGCCACCGAGUCCUUCGUCGUCGUCCCCUUCGAGCUUGUCAAGAUCCGUUUACAGGACAAGGCUUCCGCCGGCAAGUACAACGGCAUGCUCGACGUUGUCCGCAAGACUAUCCAGACCGAGGGCAUCCUGGCCAUGUACAACGGCCUCGAGAGCACCAUGUGGCGUCAUGUCCUGUGGAACGCCGGCUACUUUGGCUGCAUCUUCCAGGUCCGCGAGCUGCUCCCCAAGGCCGAGAACAAGACCUCCCAGGUCACCAACGAUCUGAUUUCCGGAGCCGUCGGUGGCACCUUCGGAACCGUCCUGAACACCCCCAUGGACGUCGUCAAGUCCCGUAUCCAGAACAGCCCCAAGCUUCCCGGCUCGACACCCAAGUACAACUGGGCUUGGCCCGCCGUUGCCACCGUCGCCAAGGAGGAGGGUUUUGCCGCCCUGUACAAGGGUUUCCUGCCCAAGGUUCUGCGUCUGGGUCCUGGAGGCGGUAUUCUGCUCGUCGUCUUCACCGGCGUCAUGGACUUCUUCCGUACCCUCAAGAGCAAUGCGUAA